CCGCGAGAGUGAUCUUGGUGCAGCGUCGGCCCCGCACCGCGUGGCGGACGGUACUUGGUGGGACGCCGGCUGCAGCCGUACAGUUUGACGAUCGGUGUCGGCAGCAGCGGCAGCAUGUGGCGCAUGCUGGCAACGCCGGCUUGGCUGGCGUUGACUCUGCUGGUAGUGGCCAAGGGCCAGGUGAAACUUUCGGGCAGAUGUCCGCACAUACCAGCGCUCAAGCCUUUCAACACACACCGGUUCCUCGGCAAGUGGUUCGAGGCGGAGCGCUUCUUCGUCAGCUACGAGUCACUGGCGGGCCGCUGCUGGGGCGAGCGCUAUGUCAUGCUGCACGGCCGGCUCAGCACCCUGCUGGAGUGGCGUCUGGCGCUAUUAGGCAAACCAGUUUCCAUACGGCAGCAGCUGGGUACCCCGGACCCGUACGACCCGGCCCGGUUCUCUUACGUGGUGGCGCGACCGAACCUGCCCUUUCUGCGUGGAGAGUACAAGAUUCUGGCGACCGACUACAAGAAUUUUGCCAUCGCGUGGCAAUGUGAGAACAAACCUCUGACGGGGUCUCACACAGAGAUCGCCUGGCUGCUCACCCGCGCCCGACACCCAGGCUACGACGUGAUCCACACGGCCAAGGCGGCGGCGCUGGCCGCUGGUCUGGACGUGGGCCUGUUCCAGAAGCAGGACAGGAGAGGCUGCAGCCCACUGUAGGCGCCCGGCGGCUGGGGCACGCUCUGGCGUCUGCUGG